CUUCUAUCAAUGCCUCAGGUACCUUAUUUGCGGAUCAGUCAAACAACGAAGAAGGAGCGACAAAGCAACAAACAUGAGGAAUCACUUCUACCAUCGUUAUUGACAAAUAGGAUGCACGACACCAUCUGGAUAUUCCCAACCGCGACAGAGAUGCGACCGUCGUCUGCAGCUGACCAGGGAGCGUGCACGCUUGCAAAUGCUUCAACAUGAGCUCAACCGCAUUCAAUCGUGAAGACUCGGCAGAUCAAGACAGCGAGGCUCUCACCCAAUUUUCAGAUGACCAGCAACCGGAUGGGGCCUCGGUGCCUCGUCCGUCAGGCUAUGCUUCGCAACACGACGAUAUGCAAAGCGAUGUAGCGCAAAGCGACACCGCGCAUAGCGACGCGUCGACUUACAGCGUUUCCACGGCAAGCAGGCCCAUCUCUCUUUCGCAUUCCCAAGGUGCGACGGAUGAGCCAGGCGUGGACGAUCAUCGUCACAUGAUGCUUGCCAGCCUGCUCGAAGAUCACUUUCGCAUGCGCGCUGCAGAGUUCCUCAAUACCACCAAUGGAACUAACUACACCCGGCAUUCGCGCGAGGUCCAACCUCUGGCCCGACAGCUGUUCGCCCAGGCAACCCAAACCCUUUCAUCAAAUGGACUACUUUCCCCCACGGCGGCUUCAGAGCCUGCGCGCGAUGUACGCCGACAAUACCUUGUUGGCCUUGACAGCCUCGUGGCCGGAGCGAGUGGGGUGCAGGCACCGCCAACUAGCAUUUUGGAACCCAUGCGUGACUUGGCGGCCCAGGCAUCGCAAUUCACCAUACUAACUCACCCGGCCACUGACCUCGAGCUCAGACUCCAAGUGCCACGGAGUCGAAUUCAGUACCAAGCCACUUUCAGGGAAUUAGGUCUCCUUGGCAAGGGCGGCUUUGGCAAGGUCUUCAAGUGUUACAAUCGGUUGGACCAGAAGACGUAUGCUGUGAAGAAGAUCCCCCUAUCGCCCAAGCUCACUAAAAGACUCUGCCAGGACAGGCACGAGGACAUGCAAAGUGUGUUACGCGAGGUGCAGGUCCUGGCUAUGCUGGAUCAUGUCAAUGUCGUCCGCUAUCAUGCCACGUGGAUCGAGGAGCCGCAACACGAGCCAGAACAGCAUCGCGAAGUUGGUUUGUUGGAUCAUGAAGCAAACACGAAACUAUGGCAGCGUCCACCGUUGCUGCUUGAAAGCCGUCGCAUUACCCAGGUGUCGGAUGACGACCUCGAGCCCAGCUUUCCAAAGGAGCAAUCAGGCAGCUGCGGCAUUGUAUUUGCAGAAGAUACUCCAUCAUGUCCAGAUGCCAAUAACCACAAGCCCCCGGUGACUGGACUGCAAUGGUCUGAUCAGCUUCCUUCGGGCGAGAGCGCUAUCGAGACACAGUCCGGAUCUGAUAGCGACAUAUUUACGGACGGCCAAGGUGCAGGGCCCUCCCGCAUCGACCACCCGCGCGUCGUCUGCGAGGACGACACGGGCGUGCACGUGUUACAUAUACAGAUGUCGAUGUACCCCAUGACGCUAGCCCAGUACCUUGCACCCACUUCGGGCGACGGCCCAAAACAUUGUUUUCAUCUGAUUCCCACCCUGCGGCUGCUGCUGUCCAUCCUGGAAGGACUUCAAUACAUACACGCCAAGGGUCUGGUACACCGAGACAUCAAGCCAGGCAACAUCUUCCUCUCGCAUUUGGAAGAUAACGACAACACCGGAUACUGCAAUAUCACCUGUCGCUCCUGCCCAGGCAAUAAAGGCCAGGUCUGGCUUAAUCCUCGAAUUGGCGAUUUCGGUCUGGUGGCUCAGCUGGCGCAUGAGGUACUACUAGACGAAGACACACUGUCUAGCAAGCCGGUUGGCACACCGUACUACCGCCCGCCCAUUUGGAAUACUGAGAAGCACAACGAGAAAACGGACGUCUUUGCCCUGGGUGUUGUGUUUGUGGAGAUGAUGUGCCGCUGCGGCACGACUAUGGAACGCGUAGACAUGCUCAAAGGCUUGCAGCGUGGACAGAUACCCCUUGGCUUCGCGGAAGCCAUCGAAGCCGAGGGCUUUGGCGCAGAGACUGACGAUCUCGUCAGAGUGGCAAGCUCAAUGGUUGACCCUGAUCCCGCGCAGAGAUACAGUGACAAGCAGGUCAAGGAUGCGAUCGAGGCGAUACUCGAAAGAGUAAGCCAGGGUGAACUUUUUGUAGCAUAAAACGAGAUAUGCCAUUAGUAUGGCGAGCCCAAUGAUACCACUGGAGUACCAUGUAGUCGUUUCAGUUCGUUGCAUACUGUCGGACCGCACCAGCCUUUCUAGCUGUUUCAUGCUUUUUUGCGCUGGACGGCUGAUUUAGAGAGUCUUGAACUUGCUCGGGUGUAAGUAGCUAAGAGGCAUACCUUUCUGUAUUUAAGAUACUUAUGGCCCCCUUUAGUCUUUUGGACUUGGGGAGAUCAGAGACACAUCAAAUUUCAUGCUUUGUUACAGCUUGCAAUAAGUCC